ACGUUUCACUGAUCAGUCCGGGCCAGCCAUUCAUCCAGCGUUUGCUGAACGCACGGCAUUCCUGUUGUAGCCCUCGGAGAGCAGCGAUGUUUUCCUGCAGAGCGGCCUGGCAGAGGUGUGGGCCUUUGGCACGGAGAGCAGCCUACAGGUUGCCCCGGGAUGCUUUGCAGCAGCGUCAGAUGUCUUCAGGCCCUGGGGGCUCCGGUGCAGAGAACAUAGUCUACGCCCUGCUAUGUGGAGGAGCCUUUGUCGCCUCUGUGUCAUAUGCUUAUAGCACUGUGUCCACGGAUCACGCAAGGUUCAAUGAGCGUGUUGCAGAAAUCAAUGCCAGACCGAAGGCGCAGUGGGUCCCCAAACCAUGGCCUCCUAAAGGCGAAGAUGAAGAAGAGGGUGAGGAAGAGGCAGAAGAAGCUGCAGCUGAGGAGGCAGAAGGAGAGGGAGAGGCUGAGGCUGGGGAAGGGGAGGAGGUAGCUGCAGCCGCCGAUGGUGAGGCAGAGGCUGUAGAAGAGACGGUCGAGGAGGUUGUUGCUGAGGCUGCCGAGGUGGUUGCAGAGGCUGCUGAGGUUGUUGAAGAGGUGGCGGAGGUCGUCGCAGAGGCUGCACAGGAAGUGGAGGCGGUCGCGGAGGAAGUGGCCGAAGCAGCUGAAGCUGUCAAGGAGGCAGCCGAGGCUGUCGCAGAACCGGCAGCCGAGGCUGUCGCAGAACCAGCUGCCGAGGCUGUCGCCGAGGAACCAGAAAGCAACGUGCUGCUGGCAGCUGCUUCUACUCUAGAGUUACCGAAGAUAGAAGAGGCAAAAGAAGACUUGGCAGCAGCUGUUGAAGAGGCCAAAGGGGAGGAGUUAUCCAUACCAGCAGAGGUUGCACCAGUUGCAGAAGAGGCUCCUGAACCAGUUGAAGUAGCCCCAGUUGCAGAAGAAGCUCCUGCACCAGUAGAGGUUGCGCCAGUUGCAGAAGAGGCACCCGCACCAGUAGAGGUUGUGCCAGUGGUUGAAGAAACUCCCGCACCAGUUGCAGAAGAAGCUCCAGCUCCUGCACCAGUAGAGGCUGCACCAGUUGCAGAGGAAGCUCCUGCACCAGCAGAAGUUGCCCCAGUGGUUGAAGAGGCUCCAGCAGAAGUUGCCCCUGUAGUGGAAGAGGCUCCUGCACCAGUAGAGGUUGCACCUGUAGUGGAAGAGGCUCCUGCACCCGUAGAGGUUGCCCCCGUAGUGGAAGAAGUUCCUGCACCAGUAGAAGUUGCCCCUGUGGUUGAAGAGGCUCCUGCACCAGUAGAAGUUGCCCCUGUGGUUGAAGAGGCUCCUGCACCAGUAGAAGUUGCCCCUGUGGUUGAAGAGGCUCCUGCACCAGUAGAAGUUGCCCCUGUGGUUGAAGAGGCUCCUGCACCAGUAGAAGUUGCCCCUGUGGUUGAAGAGGCUCCUGCACCAGUAGAAGUUGCCCCUGUGGUUGAAGAGGCUCCUGCACCAGUAGAAGUUGCCCCUGUGGUUGAAGAGGCUCCUGCAUCAGUAGAAGUUGCCCCUGUGGUUGAAGAGGCUCCUGCACCAGUUGUUGAGGCACUUAUUGCAGCAGCUGAGGUAGCAUCAGUAGAAGAGACACCAGCACCAGUAGAGACAGAAGUGAUCUCUGCUCCAGCCGAGGAAACUAUUACCACCACAGUUGUGGAAGAGGUUACAGCAGCCCCCGCUGUAGAAGCAGUGCCAGCUGUGGUUGAAGAGGCAGUUGCAGCUCCUGCGGAGGCAGAAGCUCCUAAAAGGGAGUACAUCGUCGUGGUCCUGGAAGGUGCACCUAGAGCGGAAAAUCGGCCAAAGGUGCUGGGAGUGGGCCCCAUGACUGGUAGAAUCAUCCCAGCUCCAGAUGAAGAUGAUGCCCCUUCUUCUGAGGGUAGGCGACGUCUUCUUAGGAUGCAAAUGCAGUAGUUCCAAUCAAGUAAACGGCUCCUGAAUGAAGUCUUUCACCAGAAGAAGAGGAUGUGCCUUUCUCCAACACUUUCCGUCUUUCAUCCGUAAAAACACACCAGGUCAAGAUGUCUCUCCGGUUUAAAGAUGCACAUAAUUUAGUGUUUAGAUCAUCUCCUGCCCAUUUCUGUGACACUCCACUCCACUCCAACUCUACAUCCAUAACUGAGCAGAUCUUUGGUCAGUCAUUUUAAAACCGUAGAACUGUCACCGAAUUUCAAUGCUGUUUACUGCUGAAGACAAAACUGAGCCACUUGUGCAAUUUUUUGAAAGCCAAUCCUGAGACUUCUCCAUACUCACUACCUGAUCACUGCCCAGCCACUUGUGAUAUGAACCUUCAGUGUUAUCAAAGCAGAGGGGCAUUUUAAACCCACCAGCAAUCUUCUACCGUACCCGACCUCAGGUUUCUUCUUCUGCUUUUCUCUAUUUACAAAAAAGCUGGAAACAUUCACUUUAGUUUCUUUUUGUAGGAACACCUCAAGCUCACUGGUUUGUACCGUAGCUGUAUCGCUACCUCAGUUUUCCUUGUGUUUUCAGUCUCCAAUGACCUGACAGACCUCUUCUUAUAUUUUAAUGAUGUUACAGCUCCAAAGCCACUUACUUCAAUAUAAGCAUUGUUGAUUUUUGGGAUCUCUUGAAUCAUGAUGGGAAUAUAUUUUAUUCAGUAUAAAUUAAAAAGGCAGGCAUUUGUAAAUUUAACAUCGCUUUGUUAGGUUCUUAAAGGGUAAACUGAAAGGGAACCAUGGGAAAAUGUCAGUUCAUUAUUAAUAAAGGGUUUCACAGCAAGGGAAAUGAAAUAAUGAGAGGUCUUGUAUUUUCUGAGUGAAAUUAAAUUGUUCAGAAAGGUUGUAAAUGCUGGUAACAGAUAUUGUGUUGUAUAAGUACCAGGCAUAAGAAAGCUCACAGGGGAAGGUUUUCUGUGCUUUACAUUUUAAAAGUGUAGUUAUGUCAAGAAAAAUGUCCAAAUGUCAACUUUCUGUGUAAGAGAAGAAUAAAUAAAGAGGAAGAAUUAUGAUAUUUUACUUUAUUUUAGGAUGCACUUGUGCUUGCACUUAUACAAAAGUUCAUCAUUGUUCUCAACAGUUCAUUAGCCUCUCAAAAAUUGACCUGCAUUAUUUCUGUACAAAGUGAUAACUCUAAAGUAUGCGUCUAUUUUGGCCUUCUUUAAGUUUGUGAAAUAGCUUUUUGCCCUUUACUGCUGUUUGAAAACAAAGUCAGGGCGUUCACAUUGCAGUCAGUACAUUUACAUGCAUUGUAAAGUUAGUAUAUUUAACAGACCUACUGUUGUUGUCUAAGUGCUCAUAGAUUUCAUGUGACAUUGCACACAAAAAAUCCCAUGAUGGGUAAGAGACUUUCUACUGCUGUACACCUAGGUGGAAAAAGUUUUACUAUUGUACGCAAGUAAAAGUAGAGUUACUCUGUUUAAAGUUUACUUAACUAAAAGUAGUGGUCUAUAAAUCUACUCAAGUAAAAGUAUUUGAAGUUUACCUUAGGUACUGAGGAGCUACUGAGGAGUUGGACAGUAAAAUCUAAUCUUUCCUUAUUGGUAAGAACAAGACAAUAGAUCUCCAACCAGGUUGUUCAGGUGAAGUCACACCUCUAAUAAAGUUAAAUACACAACAGAAUUGACAGUGCAUGUGUAUAUUGGUCCACCCUACGUAUAGUUAAACUACAGCUUUGAAAUUGUAAAUAUUCUUGAUGACAGAGCUGCAGUAACUCUAGAAAACCUGUGGCAAGGAGGGUCUCCUGGUAAGAACAAAGCAGAGAGUCAACCUCGUAGGUAUUGCAUAUUGAUAUAGAAUAUGACCUCUGCAUCCUGUAGGGGCACCUCAGUCACAGGCCAGAAUCUUACUCAGUAGAUAACUUCGCUUAUGGUGCAAAUGUGUCUAACAACAAAAACAAAACAAAAAAAAAAAACAAUCCACCUGAAACAUACGCUGCAUUCAGUAUAGAUGGCAAAUCUGAUGCCCGGUGUCUCAGCUCCACACGGCAGUGAAAGGAAGCUGCUUCUGCCCAUGUUUCUGGGAAAGUAGUCCAGUUAAAUUGCCUUUAACCAUAGCUCAACUUAAUAAUGCAUGUAAACAUACUGAUUGUAAAUAUUAAGAUGUGGCCUGAUAUAGAACAUGCUUUAAAGUUUGACCCAAAGGGAGCUGUGCAUCAUCUCAAUAGUCAGUGUUUAGUUCCCUUUUUAGGCAAGUUUGACCUUGUGUUUCUGAACAAUCUAAUGAAUAUAAAACAAUGAAUGUCUAAUAUACUGAGAAUAUCCUCGUAAAUCUCUUUUUCACAACAAGUCAAUCAUGGUCAGAGGUUUUAAGUCCUGCAGUCUCUUUAUCCUCCAUAUUAAAGGGAAAGGAAAGUGAUGAUCUGUGCUCUUUAUAUUUAAAUAUGUCCUUUCAAUGUUGCAAUUUGGAGGAUGGUUGGAUAAGCAGCAUCACGUUCUUUCUAAUAGCUUUACUUGUUUUAUGUUCGAGCAGUCACGCUUGUGUGGAUGUCUAAUUUAAAGGCUUGCAGCAGGUUUGACUUGUCGUGACACUGGUGUGCUAGUGUGACAUGAAACGUGUGUUUGAAAGUGUUACAGUAUGUCUGAAGGAAGUCUCCAGUGUGAAACGCUCUUACUCUUCUGCUGUCAUCCACGUUGUUUUUCCUUCAUUCCUCUUUCAGAUUUGAUCAACUCUACUCUCCACUUUCUGUCUUUGUUAGCUUGGCGUACGCUUAUUGAAAUAGACCUGAAAUCACAGAGGGAGGACAUGCAGCUGAGUGUUUGAAUGUAUUUUGAAAAUGGGAUUUAGAUUAAGAAAAAGACACUCUGUUCUUGGUGCUCCCUGGUUGGUUUCUAUGAUAGGAUGUGAGUGAAUGCCUUUGACUCAACAAAGGUCAGAAACUGUGACUGUUUCACUUAUUACUGUAUUUCCUGUUUUUGCAAAAUAAAAAAAGGAUUAAACUUGA